AUGCCGCUCCAGAACCCAUCUCAUAGUCUACGAAGGAGGAGCAAGAGAGACGGAAGGAAAAGAACCUCGUCAACCGUUUCCACCAUAAGCACACAGGCUGGUCCUGUCGAAAUCAUGAAAAAUUUUGAAAGAGCCGGUUCUCCAACUGAACAGGCCAAUGGGCCCAAAGAACCCGUGGAACCGCAGGCGGCUUCCGAAUCAUCACUGGAUAAAUCGGCAGACUCGGAGAAGAAGUCACCGAAUGUUUUCGAAUUUCUGGACGAUGAUGAAUCGUCUUCGUCUUCAGAUUCCUCCGAUGACGAUGAACCAGCACCUUCGGUCCGAACGCAAGCCGUGACAAAGAUCCAGUCACCUCAGCCAAGGACUGCUCCCUUGCAUUCGCUGCUAUCAGAGACCAAGAUCUCUCAACCUACAAUUAAACAUCAACCAACCGUGAAGUCUAGAAGCCCAAGCGACUCGCGCCCGCCCCCGGCGCCGGUUCCUCCUCCAGCCGAGAAUCAAUUGCAAAUAGCGCGCAAACAAUCGCAUGCACGGAAGACAUCCGCCGGGGUAUACAAACCAGCAGAUAACUCGCCUCCUCCCGGCAAACGCCAAUUGCAGGUAUCUCGGCCUGAGAACUACUACGCUUCACAAGAUGCAUCUGUCGUCCACCGGCCGCCACUCCCACCAUCCCCACCGAGUAGUCCAGAAGAUAGCCUUCACCGUGGCACGCCAACUAGACGAAGAGAAUCGAGUGCCUCGCAGGUGUCAUCGGGCUAUGGGCUAGUCGCAUCACACCUGACCCGCUCAGCUGCCCAAGAAAAGGCGGGGUUUCCACCACUGUACCGCCGCUUCGAGAGCGUGAACCACCGCGUGCUGCUCCAUCUUCAAGAUGAGAUCUCCCAGAUGGAGGAAGAGCUCCAGACGCUUGACGAGUACGAAGAGAUGCACCGCGUUGCCACUGCUGAACAAGAAGGCACCAAACCUUUACCUGCUUCCCGCCGGAUGGAAGUUCAGUCGCAGGCGUAUUCCUCACUGCAUUAUCGACGCAUGGAUCUAAUGGCUGCCCUGACCCAUAAAACCGAGCAAUAUAAUAAUGCCCUGAGCGCAUACAGCAAGGUUCUCCAGACUCUUCCACGGGCCUCGGAAGAUAACGUCCAAAACUACCGCUCCUGGAUGAAAGAGCACAACCCCAUCGCUGCCGCCGAGACCCGCUUCUUGGACCAAGAUGCCGAUCUCGUGUCUCUCACGCCCCGCCUGGCAGCCUCCGCUGCAGCAGCACCUGUGUACAUGGCCAUCGUCAUCGCCUCCGGGGCCAUCUUACUUCCGCUACUGGCUUUCAGCAUGAUCGCCGAGUUCUCAGGCCGACUCGUCGUCGUCACAGUUGUCGGCGGCGCAGCAGCGGCCAUCGCAGCCAAUUACUCUGCCGGCAUUGACACUCUUGUUGAUUCGCGUGAUGGCUGGAGAUGUGCCACAUUAUACUUCGGCUUCAUGACCGCCGCCGCUAUGUUCAUACCAUAG